UCCGAUCUCCAGUCCAUUGCAGUUUCUUUCGCAAGAGGAAGCGUCUUGCCCCACCUAAACUACCUUUCGUCCAAAGAUCAGACUCAGUUAUGGCUCGCGAAACGCGAUCGCAGACGGGCAACGCGAAGCCGCGCGUCAUUCCCGUCAUCGACACGGCGCCCACCAUCAAGCGCAAGCCAGCGACCAAGCAGGCCGCCACCAAGACGGAGGCGAAGGCCGCCAAACCCGCCGGUGUGACCAAGAAGAAGGCACCCAAGAAGGAAACCAGUGCGGCUAAGAAGGUCAAGGCUGCGGUGAAGAAGACGGCGAAGAAGGUGGGCGCGACCGAGAAGAAGGGUGAGGAGAAGGCCGAGGAGAAGGCUGAGAAGCUGACCGUCAACCUAGGAGGCCAAGCUCAAGACAACGACGAAGAAGAAAGAUGCCGCUGCCGACAAGUGAUGACAGCCUAUCAGCUGUAUUUCACUGCCAAGCUUUAAGCUAUCGCCUCCUCGGAAAGGGGCUCCUGACCUUCCUGCCUGUUUUCUUCAGUUCUUGGCUAGCCCCGUUUCUUUUUGGCUGGGUACUGGCUUCUUGGACAGAGCGCUUCGUUGGGCUUUCUUGGCUGCGCUGGAGGAAUGACCUGUAACAUAGUCUUGUUUGUGUCUAUUGAUGAUAUUUUGCUGGAAACCUACACGAGAAAUC